AUGGUUUACAUGGGAUACGAAGGAUGGUCAACGUAUCGUAGCAAAGGGCCCUACAAUGAGGAUACGGUACUAAAAUCAAUGAUGGCUAGAUUGAAUUUUCCUAUUAUCUCUAUGAAGGGAAAUGUUUCUCAUUUCCUUUGGCACCACUACAAUCGUGAACUGUUGGCCAUGGCUUAUUUGAAAGGAAUACAGGAAGAGGAUAAGCUUCUGUUACAGACAUUAUGGAAAUCUUUGAGGCGCAACAUUAGAAGCCGAUUAAUUAUUGUGGCUAAAGACGAAAUGUCUGACAACUAUUUGGCAGACAUUGUAAAAUUUUGCAUCGAAAGAAAAGCCAUAAAUGUAAUGGUGGUCAAGGAAUCUGUGAGUGAUUCGCUACAAUUUUUUGUGCCUCAAAUAUUUCCACGAUUUUCUUUGAAUUCAAGAACAAUUUUGAAUAUUUCGGAGUUUGUUUUCUAUCCCAAUCAAAUUAAAAACAUGCAUGGUUCCACCUUGCGCAUAGUCAUGAAUAAAAAGAGCAAUAAGGCCUAUCUUCUCAGACAAUCAAAUGGCAAGGUUGUAUUGGCUGGCUAUGUGGGUCACCUUUUGUCGGCCUUUGCUAAGAAAUAUAAUGCCACCAUUAAGACACCAGCAUUUAGGGCCAACGAUACGAAUGUCAUAGUACGACAAAUAGAUAAGUUGGUCGAACAAGGUCUCUACGAAAUGUCAGCCGAGUUAACGAUGGACUUUGAAGGUAAUGCGGCUAUGGAGUAUUCGGCUAUUUGCGACUACUUGACAUGGUGCUUAAUGGUGCCCGUGGGUAAACAGAUCCCAACCUAUAAAUUGUAUGGCUUAAUUUUUGAUAUACCCACUGCCUCGUUGGUUCUUUUAGCUUCGGUGCUGACGACAGCAGUACUCAUCCUCUCAACAUGGCGAAAAGGCUCUCCCAUACUUCUUAAAGACACUCUAAUAAUCAUUUACAUCCUUAAUGGUCUUUUGGGGCAAUCGUUUAAAAUGGAACAAAAUUUUUUUGGCCUAAAAAGUUUUCUCUGUGUCAUGAUCUCCUUGGUUGGCAUAAUCUUCAAUACCAGCUUCGUAACAUAUCUACAAACAUACAAAACAACUCCUCCUAGUGAAAGUCCCAUCACAAACCUUGAGAUGUUGCAGAAAUCCGGUAUGCAAUUCAUCAUACAAAGUGAUGAGUUUGUUCUUCUCGAUUCCUAUGGAAACCUGACCGAAUACAAAGCUUUUGCCAAGGUGAUUUCAUCCUUUGACGAGUUAUACCAAUUGCGAGACAACUAUGAUAGUCGCUAUCUUUACACCGUCACCUCGUCCCAAUGGCCACUGCAUGAGCAGCAACAGAAAUUUUUCACCAAGCCUUUGUUUCGUCUCAGCGAUAUGUGUUUUGUUAAACUGACUGGAAUAAGUGUAGGUCUGCAGAACAACUCAAUAUAUAAAGAAGCGCUGGACCGAGUGAUUGACCAGGCUAUACAGAGCGGCCUAAUGACACAUUGGAAGAAUUUUGGCUUCUUGGAGAACGUACAACUGAAGCGAUUUAAUUUGAUGGACAUCACUCGGGGAUCCGACUUUGUAUCCAUGAGGCUGGAGGAUACAAAACUGCUUUUGUAUUUGUUUUCGUUUCUUAUCGCUUUAAUAUGUCUAUGCUUCAUUGGAGAAAUGUACUGGCACCACCGAUCCUGGCUAAGCCAAAAGCUUUAUGAAUGUAUGCCAAGAAAAUUAAGACGACACUAG